UUCCCACUCCUUCCCUUUCUUCCCCUCUCUUGUGAAUCCUCUACUUCGGGCUCCUGUUUGUGAGAUCCUUCGUCCCUCUCCCCAUCUUUUCCUCUCAUUUUUCACCAUAUUUUCCCCUAUUCCCGAGAGCCAAUGGAAGACAUUGGCUCCGAUUAAGCGACGGCUUGAGACUCAGGGUGCACGAGGGGGGAUCGACACGGAGUGAUAAAGAUGAGACAAGUCACUGAAAUACAAAGUGAUUUUGCAAAUAUGGGACAAUUAACAAUUCUGUCACUUGGAAAUUGAGAGGACCCUGGAGUUGAGGCUCGAAGUGGAGUGAGGAGACAGGAGAGGAGAGGAGGUGAUGGAGAGCACCCCCUCAAGGGGUGGACUGAACCGAGUACACCUACAAUGCAGGAAUCUGCAGGAAUUCCUAGGGAGCCUGAGCCCUGGGGUUUUGGACCGAUUAUAUGGGCACCCUGCCACCUGUCUGGCUGUCUUCAGGGAGCUCCCAUCUUUGGCUAAGAACUGGGUGAUGCGGAUGCUCUUUCUGGAGCAGCCUUUGCCACAAGCUGCUGUAGCUCUGUGGGUGAAGAAGGAAUUCAGCAAAGCUCAGGAGGAAAGUACAGGGCUUUUGAGCGGCCUCCGUAUCUGGCACACCCAGCUGCUCCCUGGUGGUCUCCAGGGCCUCAUCCUCAACCCCGUCUUCCGCCAGAACCUCCGCAUUGCCCUUCUGGGUGGGGGCAAGGCCUGGUCUGAUGACACGAGUCAGCUGGGACCAGACAAGCAUGCCCGGGAUGUUCCCUCACUUGACAAGUAUGCCGAGGAGCGAUGGGAGGUGGUCCUGCACUUCAUGGUGGGCUCCCCUAGUGCAGCCGUCAGCCAGGACCUGGCUCAGCUCCUCAGCCAGGCUGGGCUCAUGAAGAGUACUGAACCUGGAGAGCCACCCUGCAUUACUUCUGCCGGCUUCCAGUUCCUGUUGCUGGACACCCCUGCCCAGCUCUGGUACUUUAUGUUGCAGUAUCUGCAGACAGCCCAGAGUCGGGGCAUGGACCUAGUGGAGAUUCUCUCCUUCCUCUUCCAGCUCAGCUUCUCUACUCUGGGCAAGGAUUACUCUGUAGAAGGUAUGAGUGAUUCUCUGUUGAACUUCCUGCAACAUCUACGUGAGUUUGGGCUUGUUUUCCAGAGGAAGAGGAAAUCUCGGCGUUACUACCCCACGCGCCUGGCCAUCAAUCUCUCAUCAGGUGUUUCUGGGGCUGGGGGCACUGCACAUCAGCCCGGCUUCAUUGUCGUGGAAACCAAUUACCGACUGUAUGCCUACACGGAGUCGGAGCUGCAGAUCGCCCUCAUUGCCCUCUUCUCCGAGAUGCUCUAUCGCUUUCCCAACAUGGUGGUGGCACAGGUGACCAGAGAGAGCGUGCAGCAGGCCAUCGCCAGUGGCAUCACAGCCCAGCAGAUCAUCCAUUUCCUAAGGACAAGGGCCCACCCAGUGAUGCUUAAACAGACACCUGUGUUGCCCCCCACCAUCACUGACCAGAUCCGGCUGUGGGAGCUGGAAAGGGACAGACUCCGGUUCACUGAGGGCGUCUUGUAUAACCAGUUCCUGUCGCAAGUGGACUUUGAGCUGCUGCUGGCGCACGCGCGGGAGCUGGGCGUGCUGGUGUUCGAGAAUUCGGCCAAGCGGCUCAUGGUGGUGACCCCGGCCGGGCACAGCGACGUCAAGCGCUUCUGGAAGCGGCAGAAGCACAGCUCCUGAGAAAGCGGGACAGACCAGACCGGACCGGACCUGGGCGGGGCGGGACCGGGCGGGCGGGCCGAGCCGGCGGCGGCCUCAGAACUCAGGCGUUUUUUAUUGACACGUGGGGACUCUUGUUUAAUAAAGUUAUGGA